AUGAUAUUAACAGUGUUUCUGAGCAACAAUGAACAGAUUUUGACAGAAGUUCCAAUUACACCAGAAACAACCUGUCGCGAUGUAGUAGAGUUCUGCAAAGAGCCUGGAGAAGGAAGCUGCCAUCUGGCUGAAGUAUGGCGUGGGAAUGAACGUCCCAUACCCUUUGAUCACAUGAUGUAUGACCACCUACAGAAAUGGGGUCCCCGCAGAGAAGAGGUGAAAUUUUUUCUUCGUCAUGAGGAGUCACCAGCGGAAAGUAAUGAACAAAGUGGACGUCAAGCCCAAAAUCAAAGAAAUGGCAUAAAUAUACCUGUGGAGAAACGUACAGAGAAUGGGGUUGGGAAUCCACGUGUUGAGCUCACGCUUUCUGAACUUCAAGAUAUGGCUGCCCGACAACAGCAGCAGAUUGAAAAUCAACAGCAAAUGUUGGUUGCUAAGGAACAACGUUUGCGUUAUCUGAAGCAGCAAGAACGUCGUCAGCAGCAGUCUGUUUCUGAGAGUGAAAAGCUUCAAAAACUUAAAGAACGAGUUGAAACCCAGGAGACAAAGCUGAAAAAAAUCCGUGCCAUGAGAGGACAGGUGGACUACAGCAAGAUCAUGAAUGGCAAUCUCUCAACUGAAAUUGAGCAUAUAAGUGCCAUGUUCCAGGAAAAGCAACAGGAGCUACAGGCUGCAGUGUUAAAAGUGGAUCAACUUACUCAGCAACUGGAAGAUUUAAGGAAAGGGAAGCUGAAUGGGUUUCAGUCUUACAAUGGACAGAUGACAGGACCUGCAGCAAUAGAAUUAAAAAAGUUGUAUCAAGAGCUACAGAUUCGUAACAGGCUUAACCAGGAGCAGAACUCCAAGCUUCAGCAGCAGAAAGAACUCUUAAACAAACGCAAUAUGGAGGUGGCCAUGAUGGACAAGCGAAUCAACGAGCUGCGUGAACGACUAUACAAGAAAAAAGUUGAGGCACGUCAAAAAGAAAACAUUCCUUUGAAUCGUAUUAAUGGAACUUCUUCACCCCAGUCAUCCUUGAGUGCUUCGGGAAGGGUGGCAGCAGUAGGACCUUACAUCCAAGUUCCAAGUGCUGGCACUUAUGCUGUACCAGUAGAUCCGGUUAAGCCACAGUCUCUCACUAUUGCUUCCAGCUCAACACAUGGAAGAUCAAAAUCUGAGACGGACUGUGGGUGUGUGAAAAAAUCUCCAGACACCUGGAAGGUUUCUGAUUUAGACAUAAUAGUGGAUCCUAUUCUGUCACCUCCCACUUCUCUUCAGUCUGCUGUUCACAAUGUCAUCCGCCUGGCACCUACUGUCUUUGACACCCAGCACUCUAACGAUGGAAAUUGGCCAAUACUUAAACAGAGCUCAACCCCUGUGGUGAAACCCCCUCAGAUCUCCAACACAGACUGGAAAGAAUCAAACAUGGAUACUGCUUUAAAACAAGGAACUAUAUCCAGCCAGCCUUUGCCAACUUCAGUAUUAGGAAGUACUGAUAAGCUGGGUCUUGACCUGGGGAAGGUGCCACCAACAGUUCCUGGUGUAAGCAAGCAGUUGCCUCAAAACUAUGGGACCUAUCCAAGUCCAGUUCCCUUAGGAACAGGUUCUACAAAUUCUCUAGAAAGAAGGAAGGAUGGCAGUCUGCCCAGACCUGGCACCAGUAUAACAAAUCGGCAAAGACCUGUUCCACUUCCGCCGCCAAGCAACGUACAUCAGCCCAGUUCUUCACAACAGAUUCAACAGAGAAUUUCUGUACCUCCCAGCCCUACGUAUCAACCUUCCGGUCCCCCCUUGUUUCCAGGAGGAGACGGCAGGCCAGAACUCCCUUUAACUGUGGCAAUCAGACCUUUUCUAGCUGAUAAAGGAUCAAGACCUCAGUCUCCCAGAAAAGGGCCACAGACAGUGAACUCCAGUUCCAUCUACUCAAUGUAUCUUCAGCAAGCAACACCACCAAAGAAUUAUCAACAAGCUGUAUACAAUACAUUAAAUAAGUCAGUAAAAGCAGUCUAUGGAAAACCUGUAUUACAAUCUGGUUCGACUUCUCCCUCCCCCUUGCCGUUCCUUCAUGGUUCUUUGCCUGCCCAGACUUCCUCACAGCCACAAUCUCAGCCUCAGACUGAGGUCUCUGAAAAAGAUCAAGAGCUGGAAAAUGCUCCACCAUCCAGUGAAAAUAGCAAUGUGGAAAACAUUCCUCGUCCUCUCAGUCCUACUAAGCUCACGCCUAUUGUGCAUUCACCCCUACGAUAUCAAAGUGAUGCUGACCUCGAAGCUCUGAGAAGAAAACUGGCCAAUGCUCCUAGGCCAUUAAAGAAGCGUAGUUCUAUCACUGAACCAGAAGGCCCAAGUGGACCAAAUAUACAAAAAUUAUUGUAUCAGCGCUUUAAUACUCUUGCUGGAGGAAUAGAAAGUGCUCCUUUUUAUCAGCCAAGCAAUCCACAGGACUUCAUAGGCAUCUUAGCUGAUGUUGAUAACGGUAACACUAGUACCAAUGGCAAUAUUGAAGAACCUAUUUCCGUGCAACCUACAGUUCCUCUUCCUGAUGAGCCACCCCCUUCGUCUGAUGCCAAUGAUAAUGAAUUACCUUCUCCUGCUACUGAGGAACUGAUAAGCACUGAAACCAUAAAUCAAACAUCUGAGACAACUGAAGAUAACAACAACAAUCCUGCUAUAGUUCCUUCUACUGAAGAGUCAUCCAGUCCCACACCUGAGGUUAGUUCUCCAGUAGAAGAUGAAGCUCCUUUGCCACCUGCGCUUCCUCCUCCGCUUCCUCCAACAAAACGUACCAACUUGAAGAAACCGAACUCAGAAAGAACAGGCCACGGCUUGAGAGUGAAGUUCAAUCCCCUGGCCCUCCUCCUAGAUGCUUCUUUGGAGGGAGAAUUUGAUCUUGUACAACGAAUCAUAUAUGAGGUUGAUGAUCCCAGUAAACCAAAUGAUGAAGGAAUUACACCUUUGCAUAAUGCAGUGUGUGCUGGUCAUCACCACAUCGUGAAGUUCCUGCUUGAUUUUGGUGUCAAUGUAAACGCAGCAGAUAGCGAUGGGUGGACACCUUUGCAUUGUGCUGCUUCUUGCAAUAGCGUUCAUCUGUGUAAACUGCUGGUUGAAUCCGGGGCAGCUAUUUUUGCUUCUACUAUAAGCGAUAUAGAAACUGCUGCAGACAAGUGUGAAGAGAUGGAAGAAGGUUAUAUUCAGUGUUCCCAGUUCUUGUAUGGAGUGCAAGAGAAGUUGGGAGUGAUGAAUAAAGGAGUGGUGUACGCUCUGUGGGAUUAUGAAGCCCAGAACAAUGACGAGUUGUCAUUCCACGAGGGCGAUGCCAUUACUAUUCUAAGACGCAAGGAUGACAAUGAAACAGAGUGGUGGUGGGCCCGCCUCAAUGAUAAAGAAGGCUACGUGCCUAAAAAUCUUCUUGGGUUAUAUCCACGAAUAAAACCUAGACAGCGAACCCUUGCUUGAAUUCAGUUGUACAACAGUGCAAUACCGUGCUGGUAACUGGAAACUUAAACAUACACUGGAGCCAUCCUUUUUGAUCAUUUCACACAGAGAAAUAAAACUAUGAUAUUUAGUUUUAAUGGUGCUUUCUCUUGUUAAAUGGACAGCAUCCAAGAUUUUCAAGAUCUGCAGUUUGUAAAUGAGGAUCGUUUUUAUGUGACCCACCACUGAUGAGGAGAGCGAUACCUCCACUACCUACAGUGUUGCACCAACUAUUGUCUAAAGCAGUGUUUUAAGUUAAAGUUCCAUGGUAGGAGCUUUCUUGUGUUAAAUGUUCAGAGGUGUCACCUGCGGAGUGCAGAUAUGCUGUCCAGUUUGCUCCAACCCCGCAGUAACUGUCCCAUGUCAGGAUUUUGGAUAUUUUGUUCGAUACCAGUGAAUGUUGAGUUCUCAUUACUGAUCAACUCUUUGGGUUCUAGGACACGAGGUCUUCACCUAUUAGACACAUAAUUAAGUAGUCACCAAAGCUUUAUGAAGGCUAGGAUUUUAAAGGGUAACAUGCUAUACACUUAAAUCCUAGUCUAGACAACCCCAACAAAAGCUUUACAUAGUCUAGCAUCUAGUAUUAUUUGCGUUUAGAAUCAAGCUAGAGAACUAACAAAACAACAGUAUUUGUACACUUCUUAAAACCCCUACACAAUAUCUCACUUGGUGUUUUAUUUUCAUAUUAUUCAGCCAACAGCACCGGUGUUACCUCUACUAAUGUAAAGGUUCCCCUACUAACCACCUGAGCUUGUCCCUUCUGGACAAAACAGUU